GCAUUAAUGGGCAUUUAGAGGUAGUUAAAUUACUGUUAAAAGAGAUUCGUAAUUUUAACCAUCAACAAGAAACUGGAGAAACUAUCUUAAUGAUAGCAUGUGAAUGCGGUCACAAGGAUAUUAUACUAACAUUGCUGGAGAAUGGGGCAGAUCCUAGUAUUUGUGAUAAUGAUGGCAACAAUGCAUUACACUAUGCAUUACUUACUAGCAGCAGUGAGGAUAAUACAAUAGACAUCAUACAAACAUUGCUGUCAUGGCAUGUAAAUGUUAAUGCCCAGAAUAAGAAAAAAGUGACACCACUAAUGAUUGCCAGUGAUAAAGGAUACACUGAAGUUUUAUUAUUGUUAUUAGAGGAAGCUGAUCCUAAUAUCACUGACAGUAAAGGUGACACUGCAUUGAUGCGUGCUAGUGCAAAUGGAAAAAGUGAAGCAGUUGCACUUUUAUUAAUGACAUAUAAUGCCAAUCCAUCAGUUACUAAUUAUUAUGGUUCGACUGCACUCUGUCAUGCUGCAAAUAAUGGGCACAUUGAAGUAAUUACUGUCCUUUUAAGUAAUUAUAAUCCUAAUCAAGAAGAAAUGGAGAAGGCAGUAACUGCAGCUUGUUAUGGAGGACAUAAAAACUUGAUUAAGUUGUUGGUUGAUAAAAUUAAUCUAACAAAAUAUCAACAAGACAUAUUUACUGCUUGUGUGUCGGACAAUGUAGAGUAUAUAAUCAAUCAAAUAUCAAGUGACCUCAGUAGGCCAUUGAUACAAUCCACCAAUCUAACUCCUCUCAUGAUAGCUUCUUCCUGUGGCAGUGACGAAGUAGUACAAACAUUACUACUAGAUCUAUUUGAUUCUGAUGUUAACAAAACAAGAUAACUUUUUAAAACUCUCUCCUCUUUCAUAUGCAAUAUCAGGUAGCAAGUCAAUUUCAGUUGUUCGGUACCUACUAAAUAAUGAUGCUGAUGUCAAUGUUAUUAGUAAAGAGCAGAUGACACCAUUAGAUAUUGCUAGAGUCAAUAAGUUAAAUGAUAUAGUUCAAUUAUUGGAAAAUAAUGGUGGGAAAACAUAUUCGUCACUCAUGAAAAUCAAAGUUGAAGAAAUUAAAGAACAAUUAAGAACAAAGCUAAAGGUUGAACGUCUGCAAGCAGAAUUGUUUAAAAAAAAUUAUCGAAUGCAGGCAAAUUCUACUGCUGCCAGUGAAACAGAAUCUUUCCACCAACCAUUUACCAGUAUACCAACCCUACCCACUGACAGUAAAAGGGCAUUUGACUUUCAUAGACAAUCAUAUAUUCCAAUCUCUGCACCCGCAUAACUAUUAUACUCUAUGCACAUACCAACUCGAUCUCACUUUUUCUCCCUAACCUCACUCUCCCCUUCUUCUGCCUUUCCGUGAACAUUGCUAAAUGUAGUCUAUAAGAGCUGAUAUUUUGCUGACAUAAUAAAAAAGUAAUGAUAUUUAGUCAUAGUUUUUAAAUAACAUUAUUAUCUUUAGUUGCUGUUUUUUGUUUAUCAUAAAAUUUUAAUAAAUCCACAAAC